AUGCAACCCGCGGGCCACCGUACGACGAAUCCCAAUGCCGUUGGAGAGGGGCAUAGUGAGACGGCCCAGUCUAAACGAAAAAAUCAUUCUGCUUCGGAAGAGCUAGAGAUCCUCUCAUUUCCUUCGUCGGAUGACUUGGUCAAAGGGAAGGUGGUAAUGGAGGAGAAGGGAAAUGACUGA